CCGCUCCGAGUCCCGAAAGAACGUGAUCAAUGAGUGAUUCCUUUUCGUCAGAUGCAGAGCCCACGAAGAUAAUCUCGGUGACACUCUGCGUGAUAAACGAGCAGGGACUGUGAACUCGAGUGACACUUAUCCCGUAGAGUCGUGACGGAAGUUCGGAUCCAUCAGCUCCCCAUGGAUUCCACUCCGAAGAAUCAGCGGCGGCCAGAAAUGGACGGAGGCAGAGAAGAUGAGGACAGAGCAGAGGAGUGGGAACACGAAGUUCCUCAAUUUUGCGGCUCGGACUGUAGAUGUGUGUUCUCUUUCCUCCUCAUCGAGGCAGCUGUCCAUCUGGGCAUCUAUCUUAAUAAAAUGUUCGAAGAUUCAACCACCACCAAAGAGUAUUACCGGGAGAGGCAGACACUGGGUCUCAUCAUUUCCGUCGUGUGCCUCAUCGCGCCCACUCUGAUAUACACCGUCUACGAAACGCUCCGAUCCGUACUUUCGGAACACAGCCUACGCGACAUUCUCACGAAAAUGGUCAAAGGGCUUCUGCUGAUCCCGUGGCAGAUCAAAGCUCACAUCGAUUUGCUCCAUUUCGCGGCGGCGCAAGCGUGUUCUUGGCGCCCUCUCGAGACCAAGGAGAAGCAAUACCUGUCGAAAAUCAGGCAGGACGCUUUCGUGUUGGAGUUCUUCGUGGACUUUUACGCUGGAUUCUUCCAACUGCUGUUGCAGUUGCAUUUUCUGGUGGCCAUGGUCGCGACAGAAAAUACUCAUGGAAGAGCAUUCUACACCGAGAUCCUAGCGUCGAGUCUCGCAGUUCUGUCACUGAUCAAAGGCCUCCAGAGGAAAGACGACGGCUGCCUGACGAAAUCCUUCUCCUACCUGGGAUGGACAUGUUUCUGUGCCUCCCGGGUGAUCGCCUUCGCGCUCUUGUCCGCCGUCAUCAGCUACUGGGUUCUCGUUGUCCUCCUGCUCCACGCAACCGUCGCAACGGUGUUCAUUUUCCGGAUCGUCAAACGGGUGCGCCGAGAGCUGCGCGCAAAAGCGAUUGAAGACGGCCGUCAGUCGAGUGUUCCGAGGCGCGAAAACAACGGCGUCCUGGCGACGUUGUGCUUCUUCCAGUUCGGACUACCGUCCCUGAUGUACUGGCCCAUGAUGUUUGAGUUCAAAAAACGUAUCUACAUCACAUUAUUCUUCAUCGUUUCGUUUUCGGAAAACGUACUGUGCCUCGUCUUCUGGCUCGCUUUCAAGAAUGAGGAUGUCAACCAGGAGCUCGGCAAGCGCUUCGUCGUCGCGGUAGUCGGCCUGACUACGAUUGGGAUCCUGGCGAUUGUACUCUACGUGUGCUGCAAACCGGACAGAACAGAUGAGGUGGCUCUCUCACAUAUCAGGGAGACAAACUCUAAUAAGUACGGUAUUUUCUUCGAUUUCUGUAAUGCCGUGCAGAUCUUGCCAGACACUUCUGAGAUCGACUUGCGGAGAGAGCAAAUCGCGCGCUUGCGCCCCGACUUGUAGGACGCAUUCCUCCGAGAGGCCAAACUCGGUAGGAUCAAGUGGUUUUCAGAAGACGAUCGAGUCACUUCACGGAUGUCAGUCCCACCCCCGUCGAUCGUGCGUAAGACCGUCCAGAGGUUGAAUAAUUCGCCACGCCGACUGCAACCGAUGCGCAGAGGCUCUUCCGCAAGGCAUGUCCUCGGAAAGUCGCGUUCCUAUUUUAUUUACGUCCGUAUAAGGUUCGGGAGUAAUUUUGUCGAAGAAGUUUCGAAAUUCCCCGAGCUCGACAUGACUCCGCGGAAAGGUUGAUACUUCGCCCGGAAACGGUUUUCGGGCCCGAAAUGACUUAUGUCCCGACCGAUUUGUUAACAUUACAAUGUUACUCGUUAGAGUGUUUCGCCUCAGAGAAUCGCGGCAUUUGAGGAUGGAUUCGAAUGGAUGGUACGGGUUAGAUCCGUCGCGGAUCGGGCGCUGUUGCGGUCCAUGUUGACAGAGACGUCAAGCGAUGAAUCAGCUCGGUGGCCAUCGGGAAUGCGCUCCGAUGUCUCUGCAUUCGACGUUUCAACGUUGUACAAAGAACUCCAAACCACAGCAGAAUAAACUCGACCUCCGUGU